GAUCCUUUUUGCGCUUCGCAUGUGUCACAAAGCUUCCUCCUUUUAUCAUGUAACUAUCUUUCUGGACAACCUUCUUCUCAAGAAGAAUAACAGAGUAUGUGACUCGGCUCCGAUAAAAGAAGCGAAAUUUCAACGCUCUCUUCGUGAUCCACCUAUAUCUGCGAAUGAUUCUUUGUUGGGUUCUGCUCCAAAUUCCUGUUUCUUCAGUUUCUUUUUAACUUGUUAACUUUUUUUCAGGUCUACUCUGUUUCGGCAACUGGGCAUUACUGUUUUAGCUCUUUACUCUUCUUGCUUUUCAACGCUAACCCAUUUCUACUAUCUUUCAUUCGACUUCUUUCCUAGCUUAGUCGUUGCUAGUUUCAAAUUAUUUUCGUCAUAACUCAAUCGGAAGCAAGUUAAUAUUACUGACCCAGAAAGAAAAAGAGGGCAGUCAAAUAGUUUUAGCAAUGAAUUCGUUUUACCCAUUGAAGGAAGUUACUCCGGGAUCGAGUUCAUCACAGCCCGGUGGAGACCCGCCAGGGACGCCUCCACCACAGCCGAAGGAGGGGCUUUAUGACAUAGGACCUCCGCCAUUUCUCACGAAGACCUUUGACAUGGUAGACGACCUAACCAAUAAUCACAUAGUUUCCUGGAGCAGGGGAGGCAGCAGCUUUGUUGUGUGGGAUCCUCAUUCAUUCUCCACACAUCUCCUACCAAGAUACUUCAAGCACAACAAUUUCUCAAGCUUUGUCAGGCAGCUCAAUACUUAUGGCUUUAGAAAGAUUGAUCCAGAUAGAUGGGAGUUUGCCAACGGAGGUUUUCUGAGUGGCCAGAAACAGCUUCUAAGGAACAUCAAGAGACGAAAGGCAACUUCUCAACCUUUCCCUCUUCAGCAAGCUCUGGGUCCCUGUGUUGAGGUCGGCCGGUUUGGAGUAGACGGGGAAAUCGACCGUCUGAAGCAUGACAAGCACGUACUAAUGAUGGAACUAGUGAAGCUUAGGCAGCAGCAACAGAAUACUAGAGCUUGCCUUCAAGUAAUGGAACAAAGGUUACAGGGGACAGAAAUGAAGCAACAGCAAAUGAUGUCCUUUUUAGCUAGAGCAAUGCAAAACCCAAUCUUUAUCCAGCAAUUAGUCCAACAGAAGGAGAAGAGAAAGGAGCUAGAAGAAGCCAUGACCAAGAAAAGGAGGAGGCCAAUCGAUCAAGGACCUACUUGUAAUGGUGGCAGGCAAUUAUGGCAGAGUGGUCGUGAAAGAUCAAAACCCAUUAAACUUGAGCCACUUGAAUUGGGGGAAUAUGGGUUUGAAGUAUCGGAGCUUGAAGCACUUGCAUUGGAAAUGCAAGGUCGGGGUAAGGCGAGAAAGGAGCAAAAGGAUGGGAAGGAGGAGCUAGAACCACUGGAUGGUGGGGAUAGAGAACUUGACGAGGGAUUUUGGGAAGAAUUGUUCAGUGAGGCUUUUGAGGAAGAAAUAGGCAUAGCGGGUGAUGAAGGAGAUGAGGAUGAAGAUGUUAAUGUCUUGACUGAUCGCUUAGGUCACUUAGGCUCAAGCCCAAAGUAGAACAGCUGGACUUCUUGUGCAUUGGAACUCCUUCCUCUUCCAUUCACGGCCCCAAUGAACAUUUUCUUGAUAGCUUGGUUAACCUCUCAUUUUGUGUAGUUUUGGUCUUUGCACAUGUCAACAUGCCAUAAUAUUGAUCUGGAUUUAUUGCUAUUGGCAGGACAGGAGAAGAAGAACAAAAUUAAGCAGUUGUUCCAUUGAAAUAAUUGGUGUUUCUAACCUUGUAUUUCAUUAAAAAAAACAAAAAACAAUUCCCUGAUGUACAUUCCUAAAACUUAUGAUUUUGUGUCUCAAUUAGGUUGCAGGCAGUGCUUGGACAGAGUCUGCUAGUUCUCCUAUAAUGUUUGUAUAAAAGUUUUUUUUUUUUGUGUUUUUUUUUUUCCACAACCCCUAAGAAUCAAACGUUCAAUGUCUCAGUCUAAUGCAUCAUCCAUUUCAUUUGUUA